UAGAACGUGUGUUAAAGCAAAUGUAGUGAAUUUCAAGGCGCCAACGAUGUUAGCAUUUUUUGUCGCCAUAUACAUAGGAGUAUGUUGUAGCGCAACACCUAAUGCAGAGAAUGAAGGUUGUCCCGAUCUCAACAAUCAUACAAACUGGGAAACCAUCGGACCUAAUAUUCAUCAUAUCAACAUGACAGGUCAAACUUACGUUUACUGUAAGCCUGGAUAUCAAGGGCACCUUAAUCCCCCAGACAUAUAUACAGAUCACUUCCGAAUCACGUGCAAACAUGGGACUUGGGACGUCCGCGGCAUUUUUUGUCAAAAAAAGGACGUUACAUGUCCUGUACCUAACAAUAACUCGAAUGAUUCAAUCUGGCAACAUACUCAGCCAUUCAACUAUACAAAGACAACAACUCGUUAUGUAGUAAAAUGUGAGCCGGGGUAUGACGAUGGUGAACAAGGAUCAAAUGGAUACCGUAAUACUAUUGUAGCAACUUGCGAUAAUGAUACAUGGACAGUAAAUGCCAAAUGCAGAGAAAUCGAAUGUGGAAACCCAAACAAUUAUACAAACUGGCAAAAUAGUGUAGCGGCGGAACGCACGCAUCCGAUAGAUUACAAUGAAACCACGCAUAAUUCAAGCGCCAUCGUCCAAUGUCUGUCAGGUGAUGCUGUGUAUUCGGAUGAUGGUCAACGUACUCGUCACAACUUCAACAUUGUAUGCAAAGAAAACCACAAAUGGCAAGCAGACGGAAAAUGCGGCUGCCGGUGGCUUACAAUGAAGAGUAACUGGGAUGAUAUCGGUCCAAACAUAGACACUAUUAGACAACUUUCAAGCCCAGAUAUCGCAACCGCUGUAUGCAAGAUGGGAUACAACGCCUAUAAUCCUCAAUACGGAGAAACCUUAGAUAACUAUAAUUUAACAUGCGUGAAUGGUUCUUGGAAAAAUAACUCCGUCUGUCAGGAAAUAGAUUGUCAUAGUCCACAAGUCCUGCAAAAUGGCCACUAUAUCAUUUCAAAGACAACCUACAAUUCUACUGCGACAUACGCGUGUAAUUCAGGUUAUGAAAUACACGGAAAGAUUUCCGUUACGUGCCUCAAAAUUGGGAAAUGGGAAAUGCUCGAGGCAAACUGCAUACUCAAAGAUUGUGGAACUCCACCAGCGCUGACAAAUGGUGAUCGCACAUUUCAUAAAACCACCGUCAAUUCCACAGUAGAGUAUACGUGUAACCCAGGAUAUAACGCACAUGGAGUUAGUAACAUUAUUUGCCCUGAAACAGGAUCCUGGAGUAAACUGGAAAUAGAAUGCAUAUUAAAAGAUUGCAAUAGUCCACCAGUCCUGCAAUAUGGCCAAAGUAUGGUUUCAAAGACAACCUUCAAUUCCAUUGUCACAUACACGUGUAAAGACGGCUAUGAAUUACACGGAAUGAAUUCUAUCACGUGCCUCGAAAAUGGGAAAUGGGAAAUACUUGAGGCGAACUGCACAAUUAAGGAUUGCAAAAGUCCACCAGUCCUGCUAAAUGGCCACCAUAUCGUGUCAAAGACAACCUUCAAUUCCACUGUCACAUACACAUGUGAUGUCGGUUUUGUAAUACACGGAAAGAAUUCCACAACGUGCCUCAAAAAUGGGAAAUGGGAAAUACUCGAGGCGAAUUGCACAAUCAAGGAUUGUCACAGUCCACCAAUCUUGGACAAUGGCCACACUACCGUCGCAAGGACAACAUACAAUUCCACUGCAAUAUAUGCUUGCUAUUUUGGUUAUGAUAUAAAAGGACCGAACUCCAUAACAUGCCUUGAGACCGGAGCCUGGGAUAAACUCGAGGCGAACUGCACCAUCAAGGACUGUCAAUACCCACCAGUCCUGCAGAAUGGCUUCCUAGAUGCAACGACCACGACGUAUAAUUCUUCUGCUAUAUACUCGUGCAACCCAGGUUAUAUAAUGUUUGGUGAGAACUUCACCACGUGCCUCGACACUGGGAACUGGAGCAAACUGCUUGCCAACUGCACCAUAAAGGAUUGUGGAACUCCACCAUCGCUGACGAAUGGUGAUCGCACAUUUCAUAACACAACUGUCAACUCUACCGCAGAGUAUACUUGUAACCCAGGAUAUUACAUAAAUGGAAUGAGCACCAUCAGUUGCCGUGAUACAGGAAUCUGGGAUGCACUCGCGGCAAACUGCACUAUAAAAAAUUGCCAUAGCCCACCAGACCUGCGCAAUGGCUACUCAACCGUCUCAACGACAACCUACAAUUCCACUGCCAUAUACACGUGCUCGUCUGGUUAUGACAUGCACGGACCUAACUCCAUAAGAUGCCUUGCAACUGGAGACUGGGAUAAACUUCAGGCGAAGUGCAACAUCAAGGACUGUCAAAACCCACCAGUGCUACAGAAUGGCUUCCACAACGCAACAUCCACAAGGUACAAUUCCACUGCCAUAUACUCGUGCAAUCCAGGUUAUAGAUUGUUUGGUGGGAACUCAAUCACGUGCCUCGACACUGGGAACUGGAGCAAACUGCUUGUCAAAUGCACCAUAAAGGACUGUCAGAACCCACCAGUUCUGCAGAAUGGCUUCCACAACGCAACAUCCACAACGUACAAUUCCAAUGCCAUAUACACGUGCAAUCCAGGUUAUAGAUUGUUUGGUGAGAGCUCCAUCACGUGCCUCGACACUGGGAACUGGAGCAAACUGCUCGUCAACUGUGUCAUAAUGGAUUGUGGAACGCCAGCCAUGCUGGCUAAUGGUGAUCGAACAUAUCUUAACACAACCGUCAACUCCACCACAGAGUAUAUCUGUAACACAGGAUAUGACUUGAUUGGAAAAGGCAAUAUCAAUUGCAAUGAAACAGGAACCUGGAGUAUAUUGGAGGCAAACUGCACCUUGAUAGAUUGCAAUAGUCCUCCAGUCCUCACAAAUGGCUUUGCCACCGUUUCAACGACAACUUAUAAUUCCAUUGCCAUAUACACAUGCUCUUCUGGUUAUGAUUUGCACGGACCAUACUCCAUAGCAUGCCUUGCGACUGGAGACUGGGAUAAACUCGAUGCGAAGUGCACCAUCAAGGAUUGUGGAACUCCACCCCUGCUAACAAAUGGCGCUGGUACAUUCAUUAACACGACCGUCAACAACACUGCCAUGUAUACAUGUAACCCAGGGUAUGACUUUGUUGGAAUGAGAAACAUUCGUUGCCUUGAAAAUGGAACCUGGAGAGCACUCGAGGCUCAGUGUACUAAUAAAGACUGUCAAAACCCGCCAGUUCUACACAAUGGCUUCCACAACGCAACAUCAACAAAGUACAAUUCCACUGUCAUAUACUCGUGCAAUCCUGGUUAUAUCAUGUUUGGUGAGAACUCCAUCACGUGCCUCGACACUGGUAACUGGAGCGAACUGCUUGUGAACUGCACGAUAAAGGACUGUCAAAACCCACCAUUACUGCAGGAUGGCUUCCACGCCGCCACAACAACAACGUACAAUUCCACCGUCAUUUACUCAUGCAAUCCAGGUUAUAUAAUGUUUGGUGAGAGCUCCAUCACGUGCCUCGACACUGGGAACUGGAGCAAACUGCUUGUCAACUGUACCAUAAAGGAUUGUGGAACGCCACCCAUGCUGACGAAUGGUGAUCGAACAUUCCUUAACACAACCGUUAACUCCACCAUAGAGUAUACCUGUAACCCAGGAUAUGACUUGAUUGGAAUAGGCAAUAUCCAUUGCAUUGAAACAGGAACCUGGAGUUUAUUGAAGGCAAACUGCACUAUGAAAGAUUGCCAUAGUCCCCCAGUCCUAAAAAAUGGCUUCGUCACCGUUUCAACGACAACAUUCAAUUCCUCUUCCAUUUACACGUGCUUUUCAAGUUAUGACAUGCACGGACCUAACUCCAUAGCAUGCCUGGCAACUGGAGACUGGGAUAAACUCAACGCGAACUGCACCGUCAAGGAUUGUGGAACUCCACCCUUGCUAACGAAUGGCGCUCGCACAUUCAUAAACACGACCGUCAACAAUACCGUCACGUAUACGUGUAACCCAGGGUAUGACUAUGUUGGAAUGAGAAACAUUCGUUGCCUUGAAAAUGGAACCUGGAGAGCACUCGAGGCUCAGUGCACUUUUAAAGACUGUCAAAACCCGCCAGCUCUGCAAAAUGGUUUCCACGCCGCCGCAACAACAACGUACAAUUCUACAGUCAUGUACUCAUGCAACCCUGGUUAUACCAUGUUUGGUGAGAACUCCAUCACGUGCCUCGACACUGGGAACUGGAGCGAACUGCUUGUCAACUGCACCAUAAAGGACUGUCAAAACCCGCCAGUUCUGCAGGAUGGCUUCCACGUCGCCAUAACAACAACGUACAAUUCCACCGUUAUAUACUCAUGCAAUCCAGGUUAUAGAAUGUUUGGUGAGAACUCCAUCACGUGCCUCGACACUGAGGACUGGAGCGAACUGCUUGUCAACUGCACGAUAAAGGAUUGUGGAACGCCACCAAUGCUGACUAAUGGUCAUCGAACAUUCCUUAACACAACCGUUAACUCUACCAUAGAGUAUACCUGUAACCCAGGAUAUGACUUGAAUGGAAUAAGCAAUAUCCAUUGCAUUGAAACAGGAACCUGGAGUAUAUUGGAGGCAAACUGCACCAUGAAAGAUUGCCAUAGCCCUCCAGUCCUAAAAAAUGGCUUCGCCACCGUUUCAACGACAACCUUCAAUUCCACUGCCAUAUACACAUGCUCUUCUGGUUAUGACAUGCAAGGACCUAACUCCAUAGCAUGCCUUGCGACUGGAGACUGGGAUAAACUCGAGGCGAACUGUACCAUCAAGGAUUGUGGAACUCCACCCCUGCUAACGAAUGGCGCUCGCACAUUCAUAAACACGACUGUCAACAACACCGUCACGUAUACGUGUAACCCAGGGUAUGACUUUGUUGGAAUGACAAACAUUCGUUGCCUUGAAAAUGGAGCCUGGGGAGCACUCGAGGCUCAGUGUACUAUUAAAGACUGCCAAGACACGCCCGUACUACACAAUGGCUUUCACGCCGCCACAAUAACAACAUACAAUUCCACCGUCAUGUACACAUGCAACCCUGGUUAUACCAUGUUUGGUGAGAACUCCAUCACGUGCCUCGACACUGGGAACUGGAGCGAACUGCUUGCCAACUGCACGAUAAAGGAUUGUGGGAACACUUUUAUGGAGAAUGGCGAAUGUAACGCUACCUCCACAUACUUCAAGUCUUCUGCAACAUGUUCCUGUCAUAGAGGCUACCAUUUCACAGGAAUUAAUACCAGCAUUGAAUGUCUUGCUAACGGAACAUGGAGCUUAGUUCACGGCAAUUGUGCGAUCAAUGAUUGUGGACAGCCUCCGAUUGGCAAUCUAUCAACAAUCCAUGCCCCACAAACAACAUUUAACGCCACGGCGGUAUAUGCGUGUCUUUCUGGAUACAGCACUACAAACAUUACUGAACUCACGUGUACUGCCAAAGGCGAGUGGGAUGGAACAGCGCCGAUAUGUUCAGAUAUUGAUGAGUGCCUCAACAGGCCAAAGCCAUGUGACUUCAACGCCAAGUGCACCAACUCUGACGGCAGCUUCAAGUGUGAAUGUCAGACCGGAUACAGAGACCUGGAUGGGUUCGGGGGACAACACUGUGCUGAUGUAAAUGAGUGCGCAUUUGAUGGUGACUUUUACUGUAUGCAUGCGCUAAACCAGACACGCGUAUGCGUGAACACUGACGGGGGAUAUGUGUGUGUGUGCAACAAGGGACUUACUGGAUCAAAAUGUGAAAUCGAUAUCAUUGAAUGUAAUGACACAACCACGUGUGGUUCUCAUGCUAUCUGUACCAACACGUAUGGUGGUUACUCAUGCGCAUGCCCGGACGGCUAUCCACAGGGAAACCCUUAUCUUGGAUGUUUCGAACCAGUUUUGCUGGAUUUCAAAGCAGCUGGGGAUAGAUACAACGGUGACAACCCGAUGAUAGAUGCUUACCAUAUCUCGACAAGAUUGCCAUAUUUAGGAGAAUAUAUUAAUUGGUUCAAGCCAAGCAUGAACGGAUUCAUAUCGCUCGAUUUCCAACCAUUGUACAAUGAAUAUGGAGGUGAAAAUGCAAGUGAGUGGAAGGCAGCUGUUCAAAACCACAGAGUGAUUGCACCGUUAUGGACAAACAUUGACAGUAGUAAUAUAUCAGACGGCGGGCUCUGGAUCCAUUCGUUUACUGAUAAACAACCAAACAAGACAGACCUUGCAAAGAUCCAAGAUCUCAUUCGUCAAUACACCAACCUGACUGAAUUCAAUGUCAGUGUGGCAUUGGUUGCAACGUGGAAGCACGUGACUGUCCACUCGCCCUAUGAACCCGGAUAUGAGCUUGUCAAACAUCAGAACCUGUCGAUGCAGUGCAUUUUUGCAUCAGACGGUAUGUACACGUACAUCAUGUUCAACUACGACCGUGAGCAGUUUAGCAUUAGACCGUUACCAGAAGUACCCGUUGCUAGUGGUUUCACAAAUCUAAAUUACACAGGGAUCGUUCUGUCUGACCGACAAAACUUCACACUGCUUAAUCAAGGAUCAAAUGUCAAGCCAGGUUUUGCUGGAAGGUGGAUUUAUAACGUUACGGUCGUAACUGAAGCCAUGAAAAAUGAAAUAUUAUGCCAGAGAUUUUACGAAGAUAAUAUGAAUGAUCUUAAACCCUGGAUACAGACUCAGCUGGAGUUUGCACUUCCCUGCCCUUGUCAGGAAGUCCUGAUGAUGGAGGACUACACAUUCACCCGCAAUGACUCCCUACGUCCCGGGUUUGGAAGUCACAUGACAUGCUACGAGUCAUGGUUCUUCAGCGCCUACGGUAUCAAACAAAGAUGCUGCUACAUGUUCAGCAAACUGCAGACGCAGUAUCCGGGUGCAGUAGCAGCGGAAUUUGAGAAUGACACAGCUGCAAAACUACUCGAAAAGGGUUACAAUCAGUGCUGCUCCUCUGGUGGCAACCAGAAGUUCUGUCAUCUGUACCAGGUCAUCAACCCACCUGAUGACUGCUCAAGGUACACGAUCAGCGACGAGAUACCGACAGACGAAGGCAUCAUGCAAGCAAUCAUCAAACGUGUUACAAAGAUGCUUGGCAUAUAAUUAAUAUAAUAAAUUCAUUCGCAAAAUGAUUAUUGUAUUGCUAAGAAUGUUAUUGGCUUCAAUGUAAAAUAAACUUAUAACAUAA